UGCAAAAAAAAUGCGAAAACAGAAGCAAAGGCUGGACUAACGUGCGAGUCAAUCCGUGCCAAUGGCAACAAAAGCGCUGCUGAGCUGAGAUGCGAACAAACCGGCCGGUAUUACAGGUGGCAGACGGCAUGCAUCUUGGAGGAAGACAGUCGUUUUAUCCGAAGGUCUAUAAAAUAGUCAGAACUGCUCUAUAAGUUGAUAUGGAGGAUAGGGAAGUGAAGCCAUAACUUGAAGUGCACAAAGCCACAUCGAAAUAAUCUUAAAAAGCGAUGAAGUAGCGGAGGACACCAAGAAUGAGACGCUCUGAAGUCCAGACGGAGAAAAGCGCAGCGGUGAUGAAGAACUGCGCUGCAAACGUAUAAAAGGAAAGAUCGCCGGCGUCUCCAGUCUCGCACUAAGAGUAAGUCAGCCGAAGAAAAGAGAGACGUAAAUGUUUACAAAGUGCGCCUAGUUUUGUCGUAGAAGUGAAGUGAUUUUCCUGUCGCCGUGAAGAAGAAAGUUUGCCUGAAGUACAAGGAGACAUGGCUUCGGAAGAACCCGCCGGUUUGGCUAAAUCUGCGGCCGUGAAAUUAUCGGAGAUGAGCGAAAGAACUAAACAGCUAGGCACGGCUAUGCAAGACCCCAAUCGACAAAGAAGGAUUAUUUUAGUAAUUGUAUGCGUGGCUCUUUUGUUAGAUAAUAUGCUCUAUAUGGUUAUUGUGCCGAUUAUACCAGACUACCUUGCUGAUCUACAGAAUGAAAAGUCAAAGCACGUCCAUGCACCUCUGCGCCCCAAUUCUUCAAUCAACGCCACAACCUAUGUCUCCAAAGAUAACUUAGACAUACAAAUAGGAGUUCUGUUUGCAUCGAAAGCUAUCCUGCAGUUAUUAGUUAACCCUUUGUCGGGAACCUUCAUUGACAGAGUUGGAUACGACAUCCCGCUUUUAAUCGGACUCACUGUUAUGUUCUUCUCCACUUGCAUAUUUGCCUUUGCCGAAAAUUACGCGACCCUGUUCAUGGCGCGUAGCCUUCAGGGUCUGGGAUCAGCCUUCGCAGACACGUCGGGAAUUGCCAUGAUUGCGGACAAAUACACGGAAGAGGCUGAGCGGAGCAGAGCCCUGGGAAUCGCGCUGGCCUUCAUCUCCUUCGGCAGCCUGGUGGCGCCUCCUUUCGGCGGUGUCCUGUACGAAUUUGCGGGUAAACGGGUGCCAUUCAUUGUGCUUGCGUGCGUCUGCUUAGUCGACGGGAUUCUGCUCUUAACUGUAAUAAAACCCUUUUCUAAUAGGACUAGAGAGAACAUGCCGGUGGGCACCCCCAUUUACAGACUCAUGAUUGAUCCCUAUAUAGCCGUUGUAGCCGGAGCUUUGACAGUGUGUAAUAUCCCUCUGGCCUUCUUGGAACCCACCAUAGCCAACUGGAUGGAGAGCACCAUGAAUGCCACACAGUGGGAGAUGGGACUGACGUGGUUGCCAGCAUUUUUCCCGCAUGUCCUUGGUGUAUACAUUACUGUAAAACUGGCUGCCCAAUAUCCUAAUUUGCAGUGGUUUUACGGCGCCGUCGGUAUGGUUAUAAUCGGCGCCAGCUCCUGCACUGUACCGGCUUGCAAAAACUUCGGAGAGUUAAUCGCCCCGCUGUGCGGUAUCUGCUUCGGCAUCGCUUUGGUGGACACCGCUCUCCUGCCCACGCUGGCCUUUCUGGUCGAUGUGCGGCACGUCUCCGUUUAUGGCAGCGUCUACGCCAUCGCGGACAUCUCCUACUCCGUGGCGUACGCCAUGGGUCCCAUCGUGGCCGGGCAGAUCGUCCAUUACCUGGGGUUUGUCCAGCUUAACUUGGGCAUGGGCCUCGUCAAUGUGCUGUACGCGCCCGCUCUCCUCCUCCUCAGAAACGUGUGCCAGAUGAAACCCUCCUAUUCAGAGAGAAAUGUUCUUCUUGAAGAAGGACCACAGGGACUGUAUGAUACCAUAAAGAUGGAAGAGCGCAAAUGCAAGAGAAAGGGCUAUAGCACAUCUGGCAACUACAUGGCUGGAAAUGAAAACGGCAUUGACGAUUUUACGGGACAGGCACAGUCAUAUUCUGAGGAGGAAUUAUCAGGCCCUGAAUUCAGUUAAAAGUAACUCUCUAAAUGAUUCAGCAUACGUUCUCUUUGGUGACUGCAAUCGACUAUACCUAAAAUACAAAAAUAGGCACACUUGCCAUGUAACGUACUAAUGUGCAAUAUACCUUACCACCUAAUCAUGAUCGUGUAACCAGUUCUUUCAGUUUUGGAAAUUAUUUUAAGCAGUUUGAUUUUUAUUGAUUUUAUUGUAUCUGAACAAAUUUAGAGUCAAAUGUUUAAUCGUAUAUAUGUAUAUAAGUAUUGUGAACGGUUAUCGGUUAUUGGAAACUGUAUCAAAAAUUAUUGUAUAGACAUGUAAAAAGGUAAAUACGUAAAUGUAUUAAAAAAAAACUAUAUUUGCAUAAUCAGGGAAUCCCGCCUAAAUAAAUUUCUGAGGCUGUUUACGGUGACUGUUUUCGUAUACAGGGAUUAGAUGUAUUUUUCUUUACAUUAUAUGCUAUGUAACAAUAUACGUUAUUUGCUGGUAUUGUCAACAUGCAAUGUGUCAUUAAAAAGCCUUGCAUUAAAA